AUGGCCUCCCCCCAGUCCCCUCACCUCGCCAACAUUCCCCAGGCGAUCCGUUUCGCUGCAGACCCCGCAGUGGAACCAGGACUCAAGCAGCAGGCUCUCGACUACCUCCGUCAGGUCAAGGAGGCCUGCGACGAGACAUGGCAGGACUGUCUCGCACUCUACCUCCAAGGCGCCGGUGCACCAUCCGAGGGAGCCACCGGCAAGGACGGCAAGGAGAAGCUUGACGCUGCUACUCGCAUGUUCUGCCAGCAGGUCAUUGGCGCAGUAUUCACCAGCAAGCCAGAGUCCAUCACCCCCGAGGCCAAGCAGGGCAUGUACAAGGCGCUGCUCGACUUUGUGCAGACCGAGUUUGUCGAGGGGUCGUGUGAGGGCCGCCAGGCCUUCCUUCGCAACAAGCUUGCCUUGACCAUUGCCCAGCUCUUCACUGGCGUCUACCCCACCCUCAUCCCCACCUUCCUCCACCCCUUCAUCAACCUCCUUGUCCCCCAGGACGGCGCCACCAACCUGCACCUCCCGCUGCUCGUGACGCACCUGCUCGUGGAAAUUGCCCAGGAGAUUCACGACGCUACCACCCGCGAGUAUGCUCGCCGUUUCUUGGUAUACGCCAAGGAGCUCAACCAGCGUGACGGAGCGAUCCGCGACGCUGUGCGCACCACUGGUGACGAGCGUUUGGCCGUCGACGGCCUCUUGCGGCUCGCGAGUAUGGGCCUCCCCCUCAGCAGCGACCGCAAGUGGCUCGAGGUCACGGACUUUGCCCUGCGUGCUCUGGCUGCUUGGACCCCCUGGAUCGACCUCUCCGUGUCCCUUACCCCGCAGACGCUGUCGUUUUACACGCAGGUGCUCCAGCAGCAGGGCAACACCACUCUUCGGACUGGCGCGGCCAAGCUGCUGAUGAGCAUUGCCAACAAGGGUAUCAAGAACCCGGCAGAGAAAAUCCAGGUCCUUCGUGUGCUUGACCUUGUCCCCCUUGUCGACCCCAUCGAGCAGGAGACCCGAGGCGCCAAGGACGAUUCCGACCUGGUUGUUUUCCGCACCAAGCUCGCUGGUCUUCUCAGCUGCUAUGGCGAGGAGCUCAUUGCCAUUACCGAAAUGGACGACAUGGAGGCCCCCGAGCACAUUCGCAACGAGGCCGACGCCAUGCUGUCCAACGCCAUGCCUCUUGUCCUUCGUUUCCUCAGCGACCGCCACCCAGAGGUGCCCACCGCCAUCUCGCAGUGUGUCUCGGACCUGCUAAAGACUUUUAAAAAGUACAAGCCAGUCCCUGUCGCCGCUCCUCCCAAGAACGGCCGUCCGUCCAACGUUCGUGCUCCCGAUCCCUUGCCCGCCAACAAGCGCCAGUUCCUUCUCUCCGUUCUCGAGGUUGUGGUGCGCCAACUUCAGUGGCCCGCCGAUGCCGAGUGGGAGAUUGUGCAAGAAAGCGACCCCGACACCGACGAGGACAUUGCUGCGUUCUGUGCCAUGCGCAAGAGCUUCCGCAGCACAAUGGACAACAUUGCGUCGAUCGACAAGUCGCUCCACACCGAGGUGGUGGCCAACAUUGUUGUCGGCACAUUGGAACGCCUGAGCACCUCGGGCGUGGGGUCCAUUUCGUGGCAAGAGGCCGAGCUCGCGGCAUACCUCGUCCACACCUUUGGCGAGAUUUCCAAGAGCAACACACGCGCUGCCUUCUGGGAGCUUCCCCCAGAGCUCCUGUCCAAGACGUCCCUCCGCAUGGCUCGUUCGAGCGGCAAGCUGGGUGGCGGGGACGCGGCAAUGGCCAGUGGCCAGUCGACCCCUACGGGAUCGGCCGACAUGUCGCUUGCCAACUUGGAUCCCAACGCCAAGAUCGACUAUGAGCAGUUCCCCCUCACUCCGCUUGGCCAGCUCCUCGGUCUCUGCAUGACCUCGGGCUUGGCGUCGUACCCGCACCCGAGUGUCCAGCUCCUCUUCUUUGAGAUCAGUGUUCGCUACAUUGAUUUCUGGAAGGUGAAGCCUGGAGCUAUCCAGCCCAUCUUUGAGUCGCUCCUCGACGGCCGCGGUAUCCACCACUCUGACGAGGGCGUCCGCCGUCGCGCCUUUUACCUCCUCACCCGUCUGAUCAAGGAGUGUCGUGUCGAGCUCGAGGCGAGCAUGAUCCCCAUCAUUCUCAAGUCACUCCAGGACAUGCUGGCCAUCAACCCCCAGCUUCCCGAAGCCGACACCGCCGAGGAGGACGUCCUGCUCAAGGCGACUACGGGACGCAGCUAUUUCCAGGACCAGCUCCACCUGUUUGAGGCCGCCGGUGUUCUGGUCUACCUCACGCGCUCCGACCCCAGCAGCCAGAUGAACUUCCUUGCGGCCAUUGCCGGUCCUCUUAUGACUGGCAUCGGCUCUGGCCUGGACCAGUACCGUCGCAACCCCAGCGACCUGGUUGCGGUUCUUGGCGUCCACCACCACCUCCUCGCCCUGGGUCACUUUGCCAAGGGCUUCCCUCCGGUCUCGGAGGAGCAGAUUGACGCGCAGCCGUAUCAGCAGCCGUUCAAGCAGAUGACCGAGGCGCUCCUGGAGGCUCUCGACGUGAUGAAGACGCAGCGCAUCAUUCGCGACUCGGCCCGUUUUGCCUUUUCGCAGUUUGUGAGCGCCAUUGGCUCCACCAUUGCCGAACUCGUCCCCCGCUUUGUCGCAUCGGUCGUCACCGAGUUCCAGCCUACCGAGCUCGUCGACUUCCUCGGCUUCCUCUCCUUGCUCAUGCACCGUCUCAAGAAGAACACUUUUGAGACGAUGGAUAUGCUCCUCCUCCCGCUUCUCUCCCGCAUUUUUGCCGUCCUGCAGCUGCCAGUUACCGGGACCGACGAGGCGGUCAACCAGCGUCGCCUGCAGGAGGCCUACCUCAACUUUUUCACGGCUCUUAUGAACUCGAACCUCGAGGGCGUGUUCAUCACCGACCGCAACAAGCCUGAAUUCGAGAACGUUCUCACUGCCCUGCUCGAGCUGGCAAAGAGCUGCGGCGAUCAGGCUUCACAGCGUCUGGCGUGGAGCUUCUUCGCCAAGUCAGUUAUUGCUUGGGGCACGUCUCAGGAGGCCGCUACCGAGCCGCCUGUGUUUGCCGACUCUGCAAAGUCCGACUAUAGCGUCAAGGUGGCCAGCGGCCUCGCACCCCCGACGAACCAGCACGAGGUGACCAAGGCCCAGCGCGCUGCUCAGGCCCUCCCCGGUUACGAGCAGUUCAUCUACCAGCGUCUCAUCCCCACGGGCUUCCAGGUGCCCCUGGAUGCGUCCUUCGCCAUCAAGUCGGGCCAGCCAGUCAUGUACGAGAUUGCCAUGGUGAUCCGCAACAUGGUUCAGGCGCGCGGCAAGGAGGGUCUCGAGUACCUCGUGAGCGACAUGCUGCCCAAGCUGGGUUGCUCGCCCGAGAUGGCGCAGCAGUUUGUGCAGAGCCUGCGCACCCAGCAGUCGCGCGACUUCCGCAAGACGUUCCUUGAGUUUGUCAAAGCCAUCCGCCCGGCGCCUCAGCGCCGUUGA